AUGGAUAACUCCUCGCUCGCCUCGUCGCCCAGCUGCGUCAUCUCCUUCUCCAACCUCAACUGCACGCCGACCUCGCUGAAGUCCAAGCACGACCGUGCCGUCGCGGUGUUCACCAUUAGCUUAUUCAUCGUCAUCACCAUCCUCAGCAACCUGCUCAUCGUCAGCGCCGUCGCCCUAUUCAGGCAGCUGCAGACGCAGGCCAAUGCCCUCGCCCUGUCGCUGGCCGUGUCCGACCUCCUCGUCGGGGUGGUCAUCAUGCCCCUGUCCCUCACCAAGUCGGUCUACAAGUGCUGGUUCUACGCGCCUCUACUCUGUCACGUGCACUUUUUCUGCGACUACUGGUUCACGACCGCGUCGGUGCUACACCUGAGCUGCAUCGCCUACGACCGCUACGUGGCCAUCUGCGACCCCCUGCGCUACCAGCAGCGGAUGAACAGGAGGGCCCUGGUGGUCAUGCUGCUCUUCUGCUGGCUCUGCUCGGCCCUGCUGUCCACGCCGAUCCUGCUCAGCCUGAGCCCCACGCUGUCGCAGGGAACCAUCGCGAAGAACGGCUGCCCCGACGACUGCCGCUUCUUCAUCAGCGUGGGCAUCCUCUUCGCCAUCGGCAUGUGGCCCUACUUCACGUCCGUGCUCCUGGUCGUGCUUAUGUACGGCCGCAUCUAUCGAGUGGCGCGCGGCCAGGCGCGCAAGAUCGCCGCGAUGGACCGCGCCUCGUCGGGCCUCGGCGGCGGGGACGAGGCCGGCAGGGCCGCGGCGAGUCGCUGGGCCAGCAUGAAACGGGAGCACAGCGCGGCCAAGACGCUGGGCGCUAUCCUCGCCGCCUUCAUUAUCUCCUGGCUGCCCUACUACAUCAUCGCCAUCAUGCUCACGGUAGACGAGAGCGUCAUUCUGCCCUACAAGGUAUCGGUGUGGCUCGGCUACAUGAACUCGGCCAUCAACCCCAUCCUGUACGCCACCUUCAACAAGCAGUUUCGACGCGCGUUCAAGGCCAUUCUGACCUUCAACACGUACCCGUCAAGAGCCGCAGAUGACGAGAUGAGUUCGACGAAGAAUUAG